GGGCGAACGCGUCGGAAGCCAGAGAGCGCCGUGUCCCUGCGCUCGGUUGGUCAGCGGGCGCGGGCCGGCAGGAUGGAGCCACAGCACGUGCGCCCCGUGCUUGGAUCCCAGAGUCCAGCCUGGGAGGAACCGAAAAUCUUCAGUACUCGUCUCGCAACAUGAACGUUUAAAGCUAAAACCUUCACAGAGAUGUGAGAUGGAGCAGGAGCAGUGGCUAAAUGUUGAACUCUUCAAAACUUGGCGUAUGGGCUGCUGGUGUACCACCAUCAUCCCCAACACUCCUGUUCAGAAGAUGGGUGAGGAAAGUGGAAAGUCUAACCAGUCAGCCGAUGACCAGUGGGAAAAAUGAGCUACAAGAUCACCUGAUCUUCAUCAGUGAGAAAGCUUUGCACAAGAGGGUCUGCUAGAAAUACUUCAACCCAAAAUUCCAAAAUGACUAAGAAGAGAUCAAAAAUAAAUGAACUAGAAGAACUGAAAUUGGAUAUGAGGAAGAUCAGCAAUGACAUGGAGGAAAUGUGUGGAAUCCUGAACGUUUACAUGUAUGAGGAUUUGAACUACAGGAUGAACACUGAAUUCAACAUCAUUAAAUCACAACAUGAGAAGACAAUGUUGGAUAUGAAUAAAAUGAUCCAGUCCAUAAUUGGUUCCAUGCAGUACUCCAAGGAACUGAUAGAAGAUAACUAUUCCUACAGCAUUAAGGAGGACCACCUCCUCCGUGAGUGCACUCAACUCCACGAAAACGUAAGGAUAUUACUGAAUGAGAACAGAAGGCUGCUGGUGGAGCAGGCUGGCCACAAGUGUCCUGUGGGGAAGAAAAGAGGUUCUCUGAGGAGGCCAGCAAGAACAUCUGUGUCCCAAGUGCCAAGGAACAGCAGUCCAGCAGAAAGCAGAACAUGGCACAGACCAGGACAUGAUCUCCCUCAAAGAGAAGUGCUGGAGGAAGAGCACUGAGUGUGCACAGGAAAUACACCACUGUUGCCUCUCAUCCCUAAUAACCAUGGCUGUAAUGGGCUGUAUGCUCCUCCUUUAUUUUGUUUCUUUGGUAUGAACAGGCCUUAAUUUCAUCUAGCCUCUGGCCCAGGAAGAGUGCACAUUUAAAGGGACUCAGAGAAAUGCUGAGACACAUCAAGAGCUGCUGGGCAUCCAGGAAGAAUCUGAGUGCAAAUUUCUCUUUUCCUGAUGGGUCAUCAUCAAUAAUUACAUGGAGAUCAGUCAACAAAAUUGUAAAUCCUUGGAUCCAAGUUUACAACAUGUGUUCUGCUUUGACUUGGGAGGCCAUAUCCUUCAGACCCACACUCCAAAAGGAGAGUGUUGCUUAAAUUUCUCCGGCAAAGUUUGCUACCUCCAGGAACUGCUUUUCUACUAAGUUGCCAAGGACAGCCACAGGCUGUAAGGCUGUGCUACAAAAUGAGCAGACUAAGAAUUUUGCUUUGCACAAUUUUUGUGGUUUGAUUUUGGUUUGAGUUUUGAUUAGUUUAGGUAUUUGGUUUUUCUUGUUUUCAUUCAAAGUUUUGUUAUUUAUUGGUUAUUUAUUGUUCUUUUAAGUAAUUUGAUAUUUUGAUAAGAUUAUACACAGUACAUAUUGACUGUCAGCUUUCAGUUACAAUUGAGUACAUUGCAUUUAUUCUUAUGACUAACACAGUGAUCUCCAACUCUUCACUCUAAGAGCCUUGUUAUUUCAGGUGUGAUCAUGAAAGCCCACAGAUAUCAGACCCAGAUGGAUCUCUGCACUCUUCAUGGGACUUGGGCUCCAUAGUUUCUUCUGAGCCAGACUGAACUACAAAGUCCUUCAUACAUUCAGUAUGGAGAGUAUGUCCAACUGUCUGGAUAGGAACUUAAUGAUGGAAAACUUACCCAUGCUGCAUCGUUGCUGUCAAAUAUUUAGCUACUGUGAAAAUACUGUGGAUGAUGGUGUUGAACGCAUUAAUGGCAAAUACAUCAGUUUUUCUGUAAUAGCUCUCAUUAAAUCAAAGCAUAGUCUAAGGGAAUAAAAAGCUGUCAGAAAACA